AUGGACAAUACUGUAAAUGGGGCCCUCAGGAGGAGCGGAGCUGCGUGUACCCCUUUGGCCAAGGCCGCUCGCCCUCCGGAGCGAGGGCCGGGCAGUGCAGCGUCUCGCCAUCUGGCUCUGCUCUCGGCCGCCGUGCGUGGGCGAAGCGAGUGUGUCGGGUCUGAGCCGCAGCGGGUUGGGGUUCUCCAAAACACCGGUAACCGCUGCCCUGCCCCAAAGCAGGGAGGCAGAGGCAGACUCUACCUGGCCAUUUUCCGCCUGGCUGAUGGAGAACAGGGGGAGUCCAGCGGGGCCACCAGCCUGAGCCGGCAGUGGGCGGUGGGGGCCGCCCUGAGCCUCACCGUGCUGGUGAUCGUGGCCGGGAACUUGCUGGUGAUCGUGGCCAUCGCCAAGACGCCGCGGCUGCAGACCAUGACCAACGUGUUCAUCACCUCGCUGGCCUGCGCUGACCUCAUCAUGGGCUUGCUGGUGGUGCCGCCGGGGGCUACCAUCCUGCUGAGCGGCCACUGGCCCUACGGCACCAUGGUGUGUGAGCUGUGGACUUCGCUGGAUGUGCUGUGUGUCACGGCCAGCAUCGAGACACUGUGCGCUAUUGCUGUGGAUCGCUACCUUGCCAUCACAUCGCCGCUACAGUAUGAGGCGCUGGUGACCAAGGGCAGAGCGCGGGCGGUGGUGUGCCUGGUGUGGGCCAUCUCUGCCUUCAUCUCCUUCCUGCCCAUCAUGAACCACUGGUGGCGGGACGGUGCAGAUGAGCAGGCGGUGCGCUGCUACAAUGAUCCACGCUGCUGUGACUUUGUCACCAACGUGACCUAUGCCAUCAUCUCCUCCACCAUCUCCUUCUACGUGCCCCUGCUCGUCAUGAUCUUUGUCUACGCCCGUGUCUUCGCUGUGGCCACGCAGCAUGUCCAGCGCAUUGGCAAGGACAAGGUGAGGUUCCUGCAAGAGCCCCCCAGCCCAGGGUCCAGGGGCACCCGGCGGCGGCGGCCGUCCCGUCUGCUGGCUAUCAAGGAGCACAAGGCGCUCAAGACUUUGGGCAUCAUCAUGGGCACCUUCACGCUCUGCUGGCUGCCCUUCUUUGUGGCCAACAUCAUCAAGGUCUUCUGCCGGCCGCUGGUCCCAGAUCAGCUCUUCCUCUUCCUCAACUGGCUGGGCUAUGUGAACUCAGCCUUCAACCCCAUCAUCUACUGCCGCAGCCCGGACUUCAGGAACGCCUUUCGCAAGCUGCUCUGCUGCCCCCGCCGUGCCGACCGCCGGCUCCACACCGUUCCCCAAGUUCACCGGCAAAGAGAUGCCAGUAGGUCCUUCAAUAUGACUGAGAGAAGAGAGAAGGGAAGAAGGUUUGAAGCCGACGAGGACGUGCCGUCGGAGGAUGAUGCCACCGAUGAAGAUGACACCAGCGCGGCAUGGGAUGGAGAAUAG